GCUAUCAGAAUUGCCGAAAGUGUGGUUUACGUCACUUUUCUCGCUUUACGUCCAAAAAGUUUUGAGGUCUGCAAGGCAGUACGCGUGCACGUGAAACGAGAUUCGAACUGUCUGUCAGACCAACCAAGAUGCCAGCACAAACGAUUAGUGGGAAGGAGGUUUCGGCGCAGGUGAGGGAGAAGUUGAAGAGGGAUGUAGAGCAGAUGAAGCUUCAGGAUUCCAACUUCCAACCUGGUCUCGUGAUUUUACAGGUUGGAGAUCGUGACGAUUCCAAUCUGUACAUUGGCAUGAAGCUGAAGGCUGCUUCGGAGAUUGGAAUAAAUGCCAAACACUUGAAACUUCCCAACACUGCAACCGAGGAAGAAAUUCUUCACAACAUAACAGAGGUGAAUGAGAACUCUUCUUUCCACGGCCUCAUUGUCCAGUUGCCCUUAGACUCCAUCCACAAGAUCGACACAGAGAAGGUGACAAAUGCUGUGGCACCAGAGAAAGAUGUAGACGGGCUUACAAGCAUAAAUGCUGGGAAGCUGUCUCGUGGAGACCUAAGCGACUGCUUCAUCCCAUGCACUCCAAAUGGCUGUAUGGAACUGAUCAGACAGACUGGUGUGUCACUGGCAGGGAAACGAGCGGUUGUGAUAGGGCGCAGCAAGAUUGUAGGCGCGCCAAUGCAUGACCUGCUGCUGUGGAACCACGCCACCGUGACCACAUGUCAUUCCAAAACUGUGGAAUUGCCUGAAGAGGUUGGCAAAGCAGACAUCCUUGUUGUUGGCAUUGGGAAAGCAGAAAUGGUGAAAGGGGAAUGGAUCAAGAAAGGGGCAGUAGUGAUAGACUGCGGCAUCAAUCUCAUUCCAGACGAGAGCAAACCCAGUGGCAAGCGUGUUGUGGGCGACGUCCACUACAACUCAGCCAAGGAGCAAGCAAGCUUCAUCACACCAGUGCCCGGAGGUGUGGGACCCAUGACAGUGGCCAUGCUGAUGGCGAACACAGUGUUGAGUGCAAAGCGUUUUUUGGAGAGCCAUCAACCAGGGAGAUGGACUAUUUCUUAUACCAAACUCAAACUCCAGAAGCCUGUGCCAAGCGACAUUGAGAUUUCUCGCUCCUGUGUGCCAAAGCCCAUUGACCGUCUGGCAAAAGAAGUGGGUCUGCUCUCAGAUGAGGUGGACCUAUAUGGUAAAACCAAGGCCAAGGUCCAACUGAGCAUCAUCAAGCGGCUGCAGGCGCAACCAGAUGGCAAAUAUGUGGUGGUCACUGGUAUUACUCCGACUCCACUGGGGGAGGGGAAGAGCACCACCACCAUCGGCCUGGUCCAAGCACUGGGAGCCCACAUGAAGCUGAAUGUUUUCGCUAACGUCCGUCAGCCUUCGCAAGGACCCACAUUUGGCAUUAAAGGCGGUGCUGCAGGAGGGGGAUAUUCUCAAGUCAUUCCAAUGGAAGAGUUCAACCUCCAUCUCACUGGGGACAUCCAUGCGAUCACAGCAUCCAAUAACUUAGUGGCUGCUGCCAUUGACGCCCGCAUGUUCCAUGAGGCCACACAAAGCGACAAGGCUCUGUACAAUCGCUUAGUUCCCCUCAGUGGAGGACAAAGGAAGUUCUCCCCGGUCCAGAUCAACAGACUAAAAAAACUAGGCAUCGACAAAACGGAUCCCACCACCCUGACUGAGGAUGAGAUCUCCCGCUUUGCCCGUUUGGACAUUGACCCAAGCUCUGUGACAUGGCAGAGAGUGCUGGACACAAAUGACCGAUUCCUCAGGAAGAUCACUAUUGGACAGUCACCAACUGAAAAGGGCUACACAAGAGAGGCCCAGUUUGACAUCACAGUAGCCAGUGAAAUCAUGGCGGUCCUCGCCCUUACCAGCAGCCUCGAGGACAUGCGUGAGCGGCUAGCCAAAAUGGUUGUGGCUACCAGCCGCGGUGGACAGCCCAUCACCACUGAAGACCUGGGUGUGUGUGGUGCGCUAACUGUGCUCAUGAAAGACGCCAUCAAGCCGAAUCUUAUGCAGACUCUGGAGGGAACACCUGUGUUUGUCCACGCUGGCCCUUUUGCCAACAUCGCCCACGGCAAUUCCUCCAUCUUGGCUGAUAAAAUAGCUUUGAAACUGGUUGGGCCAGAGGGCUUUGUUGUGACAGAAGCUGGCUUCGGUGCCGAUAUCGGGAUGGAGAAGUUCUUCAACAUCAAGUGCCGAUACUCCGGUCUGAGACCCCACGUGGUGGUUUUGGUGGCCACUGUCCGAGCCCUGAAGAUGCAUGGCGGAGGGCCAACGGUUACUGCUGGUAUGCCGCUCCCAAAGGAAUAUAUUGAGGAGAACCUUCAGCUGCUGGAGAAUGGCUGCAAUAACAUGAGAAAGCAGAUUGAGAAUGCCAAUCACUUUGGUGUGCCGGUGGUGGUGGCUGUCAAUGCUUUCAAGACCGACACUGAUGCUGAGCUGGACCUGGUCUGCAGCAUCGCCAGAGGUGCCGGGGCCUUUGAUGCUGUGCGUUGCGACCACUGGGCCGAGGGUGGAGCGGGUGCCGUUGCUCUGGGGCAGGCUGUCCAGAAGGCCUCAAAUACUCCGAGCAGCUUCAAGUUCCUCUAUGACUUGGAGCUUCCUAUUACUGAAAAGAUCCGAAUAAUUGCCAAGAAGAUCUAUGGAGCAGAUGAUAUUGAGCUUCUCCCAGAGGCCCAGCAUAAAGUGGAGCUCUACACCAAACAGGGUUUUGCCAAACUCCCAAUCUGCAUGGCGAAGACUCACCUGUCGCUCUCCCAUGAGGCAGACAAGAAGGGUGUGCCCACAGGCUUCGUUGUGCCAAUUCGAGACAUUCGAGCAAGUGUUGGCGCGGGUUUCCUCUUCCCGCUCAUUGGCACGAUGCCCACAAUCCCUGGCCUGCCCACCAGGCCUUGUUUCUAUGACAUUGACCUGGAUCCUGAGACUGAACAGAUCACCGGGCUCUUCUGAGCAUCUGCGCUGGAUGCUGGGUGGUACACUGCUGUGUUAUAAUCAAGUUCUGGAAGUACCUUCAACUCAUGUCUGUAAAUAAUAUUUACCGUAAUUUCUCGAGAUAACACCCACCCAGCCACCAAACUGAAAAUCAUCCAAAAUCAACGGGAGGACCAUACAUCGGUUAAGGGGAAAAUGACAAAACUUUGUAUCUACAUUUAUCGGUCCCUCGUGGUUGUGAAGAUUACUUUUAUUCCAUAUAAUAUGUUAUGUUAAAAAGUGGCCUUUUUUUGUUUUGUUUUGUUUUUUACAAUGCAAAGUCAUCCGUCAUAUUUGGAAACAUUUGGCGCACACACACACACACACGUUAAAAAAAAAAAAACUUUUGUGCCAUCAUUCGAUAGGCUUGAAACAAGGAAAGAGAACUUUUUGCACCAAACAAAAAAAUAUGUUAAGGAAUCCAAAUUUGUCACAUCACUCUGAGGAUAAUACUUACAUUUUUGUGUGUAGAUACCAGCAAAUCAGGGGACUGUAUAAGGCAUGAGUGGAGAGAAAAAGCUGUGUAGAAGGGCGAAUUUGGGGGGUGUAUAAUAUUUGUGAUUGUGUUAUUCUCGAGGAAUUACGGUAGCUUUGCCUGACUACUGAACCUCCUGGUACUUUGAAAUUGAUAACCAACAAUUUUGUCAAAAGUUUUCUCAGGCUGUCUUAUCAUGAUAAAUACUGUCUCUAUUUCUAUAACGUUAACUCCAUUUGGAUACCCUCACUCAUGAAAAACAUUCCAUUUCAAAAUGCCUCUAUUUUAAAUUGCCUUAAGUAUUUGAAACAUUGUAUCACAGUGCCUAAACUGAUGAAUCAGACAAUGGAGCUCUAAUAAAAUAUUUUUUAACAAAAAUA